AUGUCGAAACGUCACUCCAGCCCCUCCUACGCUGAAGGCAGCAAACAAGCCCGACUGCUACCACUACCCGAUUCACCUGUUGACCGAACCUCACCUCUUGUGGGAGUCAUUAUGGAAGUGACCGCUGAUCUAAUCCAAAAACGUCUCCGUGCCCAGCUGUCGGACCUCGAUAAGAAGGCCGAUGACCUCAAGGCUACAUGUGCCGCGCUCGAAGCGACGCGGCAAAGUCUCCACCUCGAUCAGAUCAGCAGAGACAUCGCCCUGGAGGGCCGAAUGGAAGACUUGGAGGAGACCAACGCCGAGCUCGAGAAGACCGUGAAGGCUCUGCGCAACGAGCUCGCUGGGCUGCGUCAUGGCGUCCCCACUCGCUCCGCCAGCGAGGCAGCCCUCGGAGAGCUAGCGCAGCUUCGUGCCAAAAACGAGGAGAAGGACCUGGAGCUUGCACGGCUGAGGGAUGAGCUCAGGUUACAGGGCCGGAAGCAGGAGGAGUUCAAGGCGGAGAAGGAGUGGUUGACGAGGGAGUUGCAGGCUGCGAAGGCGUCGCUCAAGGAAGAGACGGAGAAACGCGCUGCGAUAGAGAGAGCAAGGGACGGAUUUAUGUCUGCGUAUACUGCCUUUUCUACAGCAGGCACGCGGGGCGUGGAAACUGGAGGGAACGAUCCUUUCGGUCGUGGCGCUCAGUGA